AUGCAGGAUUGGUGUUUUGCUGAUGAGAUCUCUGAGCAGUUACACCUGACUCCUACGAUCAAGGUCUCACUGCCAGAUUGUUCCGUCUUCUCAGUGACGACCUGUCUGCUCCAGAGACCCACCAGCCAAGUCAAGCGCAUCCUCGCCCAUCUCCUUCCUGUGGUCAGCCCCACCCUGGACCCGCUGCAGUGCGCCUACAGGCCCAACAUCGGAGUAGAGGAUGCUUGA